AUGAGCGACAACACUGCGAUCUUGCUUCAAGCUAUGCGAAUGGGUGGCGCAUUGCCUCCUGAAAUUGUAGACUACAUGUAUCGCAAUGGAGCUUUUCUUCUUUUUCUGGGAUUUCCGCAGGCUUCAGAGUUCGGUAUUGACUACAAAUCAUGGAAGACGGGAGAAAAGUUCAUGGGUCUGAAAAUGAUUCCGCCUGGAGUUCAUUUUGUUUAUUGCAGCAUUAAAUCUGCUCCAAGAAUUGGAUUCUUUCAUAACUUCAAAGCUGGGGAAAUUUUGGUAAAGAAAUGGAACACAGAGAGUGAAACAUUUGAAGAUGAAGAAGUUCCAACUGAUCAAAUCUCUGAAAAGAAGCGUCAACUGAAGAAUAUGGAUUCAUCACUAGCCCCCUAUCCAUAUGAAAACUAUAGAAGCUGGUAUGGUCUUACUGAUUUUAUCACGGCCGACACUGUCGAAAGAAUUCAUCCCAUACUUGGUCGUAUCACUUCACAAGCAGAGCUCGUCAGCCUUGAGACUGAGUUCAUGGAAAAUGCAGAAAAAGAGCACAAAGACAGUCAUUUUCGAAAUCGAGUGGAUCGAGAGAAUCCAGUUCGGACGAGAUUCACAGAUCAGCAUGGAUUACCGAUUAUGAAGAUUCGAGAGGGAUACGAAAUUCGAUUCCAAGAUAUACCACCUCUCACGGUUAGCCAGAAUCGAGUAGGAAUUGAAUAUUCUGAUCGUCUUUACCGUCUUCUUCGCGCUCUCGGUGGUGAUUGGAAGCAAUUGCUGGCUGAAAUGCAAAUUGCAUUUGUUUGUUUUCUGCAGGGACAAGUUUUUGAAGGAUUCGAGCAAUGGAAACGAAUUAUUCAUUUGAUGUCGUGUUGUCCAAAUUCAUUAGGCUCUGAGAAAGAGUUGUUCAUGUCAUUUAUCAGAGUUCUCUUCUUCCAACUCAAAGAAUGCCCCACUGACUUUUUCGUCGAUAUUGUUUCUCGUGACAACUUUUUGACAACUACUCUCUCAAUGUUGUUCGCCAACGUCCGAGACUCUGCACACGCCGGUGAUGAUUUGAAAAAGAAGACUGCCCAAUUCAAACAGUAUCUCACGAAUCAAUUCAAGUGGGAUUUCAAUUGUGAUUAAUAUGAAGAUCUCUCGUGGAAAAUUGCAUCUCAAUUUAAAUAUUUUUUUUUAAUUGGUUUAUUGUAAAAAAAGAAUUUUGAAAAUAC